CGCAGACGACAACCGUUGCUCCAGGAAAAUCGGUAAAAACACCAGGAGGAAAUACAGCUCGGUCACCUAAUGUAGACAUCACGUUUCUACGUGGAAAGGUUCAAUGUCCAGAAGUAAACGCGCAAAAUUGCAGAUCAUAUCUUUCUAUCAUACAUUCAGAUUUUCGUAACGUACAGUUAUUUGCUGAAGAAUCAUAACUUGGUUCUAGCUGCUUUCUUAGUUCUGCAAUAUUAGGACAUUAACAAUAAACGAAUUCUUGCUCUAAAAUGGCACAGAGACGAAGUGUUUAUGUUGUGGGUGUUGGAAUGACAAAAUUUGAAAAGCCAGGAAGGCGGGAUGAUUUUGAUUAUCCUGUUAUGGCUAAAGAGGCGGUUACCAAGGCACUACAGGAUGCACGCAUUUCUUAUGAUGAAGUGAAGGCAGCAUGCGUUGGCUAUGUUUACGGAGAUUCUACUUGUGGUCAGCGAGCAUUGUAUGAAAUUGGACUUACGGGUUGUCCAGUGUACAAUGUCAAUAACAACUGUUCAACUGGGUCCACUGCUCUGUUGAUGGCUAAACAACUUGUUGAGGGUGGAUCAGCUGAUUGUGUUUUGGCACUUGGCUUUGAGAAAAUGGAACGUGGUUCUCUGGCACCUAAAUUCAUGGAUAGAACGAACCCUAUGGAUAAGCAUGUAGAACUUAUGGCAGAUAUUGCUGGUAUCAACGAAAGCCCUAUUACUGCUCAACUAUUUGGUAAUGCUGGAAUUGAACAUAUGAAAAAGUAUGGCACGAAACCUGAACAUUUUGCUAAAAUUGCAUACAAAAAUCACUUACAUUCCGUCAACAAUCCUUACUCCCAAUUCCAAGAGAAAUAUACUCUGGAGCAAAUUCUUAAAUCUCCUACAGUAUUUGGACCACUCACAAAAUUACAAUGCUGUCCCACUUCUGAUGGUGCUGCUGCAGUGAUAGUAGUGAAUGAAGAAUUUGUACGAAAGCAUCAUUUAGAAUCGCAAGCUGUGGAAAUUGUUGCAAUGGAAAUGGCUACCGAUCUCCCAUCAACAUUUUCUGAACGAAGCACUAUAAAACUCGUUGGAUACGAUAUGACACGAAGAGCAGCAGAACGCGUCUUUAGUAAUACAAGAUACAAGCCGUCUGAUGUAGACGUAGUCGAGUUGCAUGAUUGUUUUUCUGCAAAUGAGUUAAUAACAUACGAAGCUCUGGGUCUUUGUGCACCAGGUAAAGCAGGUGAACUUAUCGACUCAGGAAACAAUACCUACGGUGGAAAGUAUGUCAUUAACCCCAGCGGAGGUCUAAUUUCCAAAGGGCAUCCGUUGGGUGCCACAGGAUUAGCCCAAUGUUCUGAAUUAUGCUGGCAACUUCGAGGUGAAGCCGGAAAGCGUCAAGUUCCUGGAGCCAAGUUAGCUCUGCAACACAACAUAGGUCUUGGCGGUGCUGUUGUAGUUGCUCUAUAUCGUUUAGGUUUCCCAAGAAAUACUGUGCGUGCAAAUAACGUAAAUGCGCAGGUCAAUCCAGAUAGUUUCAAGGCUAACAUUCUUUUCAAAGCCCUGGAGAUAGCCAUGCAGGAAGAUGAGGACGGUUUGAUCGAAAGAGUCCGUGGUAUCUACGGAUUCAAAGUUACUAACGGUCCAGGUGGUGCUGAAGGUUACUGGGUAGUGAAUGCCAAAACCGGAAAAGGUAGCGUCGAGUACAAUGGAAAACUAAAACCCGAUGUGACAUUCACCAUCAGCGACACUGACAUCGUGGACUUUAUAUCCGGAAAAUUAAACCCACAAAAGGCAUUCUUUCAAGGAAAGGUCAAGAUACAAGGAAAUAUGGGUUUGGCAAUGAAACUGCCAGAUCUGCAAAAGCGUGCGGCUAAAAAAAUUGAACUGAUCCGUUCCAAAUUGUAAUUGACAUUUUUCUACAGAUAACGUGGAUGAUUGUUGGACGUUAAUCUAGAAUUGGCGUUAAAAUGGUGCACGUGCGAUAUUGUUAAAACGUAACGUUCUCUGCACUAGAAAUCUAAGCGGUAAACAAUAAUUAGAGCUCAAAGAAUUCUGAUUGCGCGCACAAUUCUAGUGAUUUCCUUUUUUUAAAAGCGUCGAGACCCCAAAAACGAAUAGUUUACUUUCGAAAAUUUGGAAACGGUAAAUUUUCUUUUGAAUCAGUUUUAUUCCCUCCUUUACGUGCAAUAAAUCUCUUGAUAUUACCAUACAUACGUCGCGAUUAUAACUAUUAUUGUUUAUCAUUAUAAACAUUUAACAGUUGCAAUUUUUAAUACAAAAUAGCAUAGAGACGUGGAUUUCAAGCUGACAACGAAAGGCAUGGAUAUUAUGUCCUUGUUAAGGCUCUUGUUAUAUUGUGUUACUCAAUUUCAUAUAGCAGGGUAGCAAAGGUCUGGUAAAGGUUUUAUAUAUUUUACUUAUAGCACGGACUACUACUUUAUGAGGAGUUACAUGAAAACAUACAUAGCUAUACGUAUUCAUAUUAUAUAUGUUUUUUAUACAAUUUUAAAAGUUUUAAUGGCUGAAGUUUUUCUUGUUAUACAUGCUGCGCGUCUUGAAGGAUACGUAUUACAUGCAAUUACAUGUAACAGCGUUGAUACCUUGUUCGCCAGAAAUUUUUAAUAAAUAGUUGGGCAAAUGCUUAAGGAUGA